AUGAAGUUCCUGAAGAAACUGCGUCCCAACUCACCACGUCUCUCUCAGAUCAGCAACAGCUACGACAUCGUGUCACAAGACAUACAGGCUGCGCGAGAUUGGUGGACUCGAAUGGUACAACUCGAGGCCUUCCCUGACAUCUUCAAAGCUAUCAAGACCAAUGCCAAGCACAGUUCAGUUGCUAACCUUGGUGUUGUGAUCGACGACAACGGCAUACUGCGAUGCGCCGGAAGACUGAGCAACGCUGAACUACCAACUGACCAGAAACUACCGAAGCUGCUACCAACGUAUCACGCGUUCACGAAGCAUGUCAUCAGCGAAGUCCAUGGACGGCUUCUGCAUGCAGGUGUUCGACACACCCUGGCCCAGACAAGGCAAGAGUUCUGGAUCAUACGUGGCCGUGCUAUCGUUCGCCGUAUCCUGGAUCAGUGCUCGGUUUGCCGAAGACACGAAGGGCGUCCGUUCAAGUUGCCGUCCAUGCCCCCAUGGCCCAAGGAACGGAUUACCAGAGCACUUCCAUUCACGUACGUUGGUCUUGACUACCUCGGACCGCUAUUGAUCCGCACCGGCACAGAGAAAGGCAAGGUAUGGAUCAACCUGGUAACCUGCCUAACCACACGAGCUGUACACCUGGACAUAGUCUCUGGCCUAUCUGCAGCAGCCUUCUUGAACAGCAUGAGACGGUUCGCGGCGAGACGAGGCAAGCCAAAGUCUAUUGUGUGUGACAACGCACCCCAGUUCAAGUUGGUACGCUCUGUCCUGGACGAUCAUCUGAAGCUGAUUCUUGCCAACCCAGACCUGCUGUCGUAUCUCUCAACGGAGAAUAUCGAAUGGAGCUUCACAACAGAGUUUGCGCCAUGGAAGGGCGGUGUGUACGAGAGGCUGGUGAGCAUUGUCAAGAGAGCCUUGAGGAAGAGUCUUGGAAGGUGCCUCCUGACUCUAGACCAGCUCGCAACCCUGACAGCCGAAGUGGAAGGCAUGAUCAAUACGAGGCCGCUUACAUAUGUUGACGACGACGAUGUGUCCUCAUUCUCACCCCUGACACCGUCACAUUUCCUCUGUGGAGGAGGAACGGCAACCGGUUUUCAGACGGACAGCGACGAGGAGGACGGUCCGGAGACACCAGCAGCCAAGGUCACGAGGAUGUGGAAACGGCAACAGAUACAACUGGAUGUAGCAUGGAAGGUGUGGGAAGAUGAAUACCUCCCUGCUCUGCGCGAAGCAUCAAUGAGUCAACACCGACAGUCACGGAGUAGCAUCUCUCGGACACCAACAGUCGGAGAAGUGGUCGUAAUCCAAGAGACCGGCCAGCCACGUGGAAGUUGGAGACUCGGCGGAGUGGUAGAAAUCUUCCCUGGAGUCGAUGGCCAAGUCAGAGCUGUCAAGCUGAAGACGGCUAAAUCGAAGGCAGUGUUGUCGAGACCGAUCAGCAAGCUCUAUCCGCUCGAGCUGCACGUUGUGGAUGAUGUCGGAGCAGUGGAGGCUGGUGAUAUGGAACACCGCCCGGCACCGGCGACGGCUAUGGAACAGGCAAUAGCGGACGAAGCUGCCCCAACCAUGUUCCAGCCUAGGCGGGCAAAUCGCAAAGCAGCAGAGAAGGCCCGUGAGCGUAUCGCAGAGUGGGCCCGCACUGGAAAAGCACCAAAAGCCUUUGGUACCUUGAAGCAAGCCGUGUUCGAGAACCGGUCACUGAGUCUGCAGUGUCGUCAUUGCGUGCAUGUUGCCGUGGUGCUAUCUACCCUCCUGUACGGGGCGGAGACCUGGACAACGAAGGCUCCGGAACUACGACAUCUCAACCUCUUCCACCAUCAGUGUAUCAGAGCUAUAGUCGGAGUGUCGCGACGGAAGCAAUGGGAGACACAAGUAACGUCCUCGGCCCUCGCAAAGACCCUAGGAGUGCCUGAGGACAUUGGUCUCAUCAUACGGGAACGGCGUUUGCGCUGGCUUGGACACGUGGCACGGAUGGAAGAUCACCGGUUGCCAAUGUGUGUUCUCUUCGGUGAACUGCCUGCCCCACACCCAGCACAUGGUCCACGCAAGAGGUGGAAAGACGUCGUUGUGGAUGACUUCGCGUCGGUUGAGCCACCGGUACCAACACGUGGAUGGUAUGAUGCAGCCCAGAACCGUCCGGAGUGGCGUACCAUUGCCCGUCGACCACCCAAGGCACCCUCUGCUGCUAGCUACAGUUGCGCCUGCGACCGCAUGUUCAGUCGAAGUGGCGACCUGAAACGGCAUCAGUCAUUCUGUCAUGGACUGGAGAAAUAA